AUGAUCUGGAAGCGUGUGACCGCCAUGAGAAAUGCGUAACUGACUUCCUCAGCGGACAAAAGUGGUGAAGUUAGGGAGAAACUCAGCUUUUCGUGGGUAGUGGCCAUUCAGACGGUGGUUGUUAACGUCGGAAUGAUCAGUUCUAACAGAAAAGCUAUUCAGGAUGAAGGUGACGAGCUGCUGACCUGUGGUUGCUUCUUUCCUGGCAAUGCUGACCUUAGCCUCCUGAGACAUUUUGGAUUCAUAGCCCUCAAGGGUUGACCCGGCCAGAGUUCAUCAUGUCAAAGCUAAAAAGCUCGGAGUCAGUCAGGGUGGUGGUUCGCUGUCGGCCCAUGAAUGGCAAGGAAAAGGCGGCUUCAUAUGAUAAGGUGGUAGAUGUGGACGUGAAGCUGGGGCAGGUAUCAGUGAAGAACCCCAAAGGAGUGGCCCACGAAAUGCCCAAGACCUUCACCUUCGAUGCAGUCUAUGACUGGAAUGCCAAGCAGUUUGAACUCUAUGAUGAGACGUUCCGACCACUCGUGGACUCUGUCCUGCAGGGUUUCAAUGGGACAAUUUUUGCCUAUGGACAAACCGGGACUGGGAAAACGUACACGAUGGAAGGAGUCCGUGGUGACCCUGAGAAAAGAGGGGUCAUCCCUAACUCCUUUGAUCAUAUCUUCACCCAUAUCUCUCGAUCUCAGAAUCAACAGUACCUGGUCCGGGCUUCUUACCUGGAGAUCUAUCAGGAGGAGAUCCGAGAUCUGCUCUCAAAGGAUCAGACCAAAAGGCUUGAGCUCAAAGAGAGGCCUGACACUGGAGUGUAUGUGAAAGACCUGUCUUCCUUCGUCACCAAGAGCGUGAAGGAAAUAGAGCACGUGAUGAAUGUGGGGAACCAGAACCGCUCUGUCGGUGCUACCAACAUGAACGAGCACAGUUCACGCUCUCAUGCAAUUUUUGUCAUCACCAUUGAGUGCAGCGAAGUGGGCCUUGAUGGAGAAAACCAUAUCCGUGUAGGGAAAUUGAACCUUGUGGAUCUUGCUGGCAGCGAACGGCAAGCCAAGACUGGUGCACAAGGAGAAAGAUUGAAGGAAGCGACCAAGAUCAACCUGUCCCUUUCAGCCUUAGGUAAUGUCAUCUCUGCCCUGGUAGACGGCAAGAGCACUCACAUUCCGUAUCGGGACUCAAAGCUCACCAGGCUCCUCCAAGAUUCUCUUGGUGGCAAUGCUAAAACUGUAAUGGUGGCCAACGUGGGACCUGCCUCGUACAACAUAGAAGAGACUCUGACCACUCUGAGGUACGCCAACCGUGCCAAAAACAUUAAGAACAAGCCAAGGGUCAACGAGGACCCUAAAGAUGCCCUCCUUCGAGAAUUCCAGGAAGAGAUUGCUCGGCUCAAGGCCCAGCUGGAAAAACGGUCCAUUGGCAGAAGGAAGAGGCGAGAGAAGCGGAGGGAAGGUGGUGGCAGUGGUGGGGGUGGGGAAGAGGAGGAGGAGGAGGGAGAAGAGGGUGAGGAGGAAGGGGAUGAUAAGGAUGAUUACUGGCGGGAACAGCAAGAAAAACUGGAGAUUGAGAAGCGGGCCAUUGUAGAGGACCACAGCUUGGUUGCAGAGGAGAAGAUGAGGCUGCUGAAGGAGAAGGAGAAAAAAAUGGAGGACCUGCGACGGGAGAAGGAUGCGGCUGAGAUGCUGGGCGCCAAGAUCAAGGCCAUGGAGAGUAAGCUGCUUGUUGGAGGGAAAAAUAUAGUAGAUCACACAAAUGAACAGCAGAAAAUCCUGGAGCAGAAACGGCAGGAAAUCGCAGAGCAGAAACGUCGAGAAAGAGAAAUCCAGCAACAGAUGGAAAGUCGAGAUGAGGAGACCUUGGAACUUAAAGAGACAUACAGCUCAUUGCAGCAAGAGGUGGACAUCAAGACCAAAAAACUCAAGAAGCUCUUCUCCAAGCUUCAGGCGGUGAAGGCAGAGAUCCAUGACCUCCAAGAAGAGCACAUCAAGGAGCGUCAGGAGCUGGAGCAGACUCAGAAUGAGCUCACCAGGGAGCUGAAACUCAAGCAUCUUAUUAUAGAAAACUUUAUCCCCCUGGAAGAAAAAAGUAAAAUUAUGAACAGAUCCUUCUUUGACGAAGAGGAAGACCAUUGGAAAUUACAUCCUAUAACCAGACUGGAGAACCAGCAGAUGAUGAAGCGGCCAGUCUCAGCUGUGGGAUAUAAGAGGCCAUUGAGCCAACACGCAAGAAUGUCCAUGAUGAUUCGUCCAGAGGCCCGAUACAGGGCAGAAAACAUCGUGCUGUUAGAGCUGGACAUGCCCAGCCGGACCACCAGAGACUAUGAGGGCCCCGCCAUCGCUCCCAAAGUCCAGGCUGCCCUGGACGCGGCCCUGCAGGACGAAGAUGAGAUACAGGUGGAUGCGUCAUCCUUUGAAAGCACUACAAAUAAGAAAUCCAAGGCCAGGCCCAAAAGCGGAAGGAAGUCGGGACCCUCCUCCUCUUCCUCAGGAACCCCCGCAUCUCAGCUUUACCCACAGUCUCGAGGGCUGGUUCCAAAAUAAAGCCAGUCCCUCCUCUCCCAGGGUGUAAAUAGCAUUUGCCUUCUGAGAGAAGAGACAAGCAAAAACCCGCCGAGAGGACUCAAGCCCAAACUCAGAACCGUGCCCCUGGGGAGAAGCUAUGGCCUCUUUGCAGAUGAACCACCUGAAUCUGGUUGAAAUGUGCUGGUCCUCAUCUGGCACUCAGCAACUCUGGGAAACGCCCUUUAAUUAGCAUCUCAGAAAUGCAUGGGUAAGGUAAAGUGUGAUAGUCCAAGUGGAAAGCAAGAGAAUGACCAGUGACCUUGCUUCCCCUCUCCCUUGCCUUCUCCUCUCCCUUUGCUUAACCUCCCUUCCUCUCACCUCUCCUUUUCUAGCUUAUUCUUUGUACUGAGCUCCUUUCUUAGUGAACAUCAGGGCAGAAUCGGGAGUCACCUGAGCAGGACCAAGUCUUUGGAGCCUCAGGAUAAAAUGACAAUGAGGUUGAAAAGUAAAUGCCCUAGAACUUGAAUAGGUGCUUGUUCCUGUAGGUGGAAUGAGAAUUCUCUUACGGAUCCAAGCCCCCGAUAGGCGUGAUCCGAGCACCUCAGUAAGAAGGGGAUCUGUCGUUCAGGAACUGCUGAAUAAGGAAACGUUUUCCAAGAAUGUUGGAAGCAAUAGAAAUAACAUUCCCUUUGCCUCCUUGGAGAGUUUAGGGAAAACAGCUUCUUAAAAACCUUAAAACCACGACCAUCCUGUCAAAGACGUAAAUCUGUAAGCUGAUGCCACAUCCAUACACUAUGUCACUUUACUCUUCAUCUGUCACCAUCUUUUCCCUUGCACGCAUCCUCUGAGUGUCCCUGCCCAGGCCCAUCCUCUGCCUCCAGAGCAUGCUCAGCCGUAGGCCUGUUUUGUGGGAAAAGGGAGGUCGGCUCUGCUUUCUCUGGUGGGACAAGAGCUGGGGGAACGAGACAUACAGUGGCACUUUUGAAUUCCCCAUUUUGUUCCAUAUUUGCUUAAGGGUGACCAGGCAGUGCAGAGACAGAGACGUGAGACUCGGGGCAGUGGGAGAGGAAGAUAUAACGGACGGGAGCAAAGGAGUCCUGCCUGCCUUCAGCAGAACACCUAGAACUGUGGCUCCCUGCAGCCAGAGCCCAAGGUGGGGGCCAGGAGUGGCGGCGCGAUUGAAUAGGCUCAGAGGAGAGAGUUAGGAAUUCCCCUUUACAUAUACUAGUUUGGUCUGUAAGUUUUAGUUCUUUGUAUUAUUGAAAUUCAAAGCUUCA